AUGACUGCAGGUCCGCCCAGUCGACGUCCUUCUCAAUUCGUAAGGGAUGCGCCGGCGCCGCCAAAUAGCAAGGCUGUCCGCCGAAAGGAGGCCGCGACCAUGGAUGAUCUGGUCGCUGAUUUUGGUUUCUUGUCCGUCCAUGCUACUGCCAGGGAUUUCUACGGAUUCACCUCGACCAUGUCAUAUUCGCGACUUAUCAUGUCUGCGUGUACUAAGGAUCCUCUGCCUGAGGGUAUGGUUCGGCAUUUGCCGACACGACAGGCAGCGACGGCAUUGAUCCAACACUAUCUUGCGAACGUACUGAUUCUACUUCCGGUUCUUGAUGAGGCCAACCUGUAUGCGUCGCUGGACAAUAUAUACGCUCACAACGGGCAUCAGGCCGACAUGCAAGACCAUUUCAUGGUCCGCAUCGUCAUGGCCAUCGCCAGUGCCUCAAUGUCCGAAAGAAGUGGUGAUCCGCAUUACAUUGACGCCCUGGGCCAUGUAUGUGCCGCGAUGAACUGCACUGAAGAGGUCAUCCGGCCGGGCUCUGUGUCCAGCAUUCAGGCUUUGGUGCUUCUGACAGAAUACGCCAUGUUAGAUCCACACCAUUUCGAUUCAUGGAGUUUGAUCGGUGCGGCGUCACGCGCGAUGGUCGAUCUCGGCAUUCACCAGGAUCCACCUAAAGGUCUUCCGAUGCCCAAAGGGAAGCUCGACCUACGCCGUCGCAUCUUCUGGUGUGUAUAUGCCCUCGAUCGGUCAACUUCACUGGUCCAAACCCGUGCCUUCUCCUUCUCCGACGACAGUGCCAAGGUCAAAGCACCAUCGGCCACCAAAACGGCCUCGUCUGCUCCAAGCACUCCACAGGCACAGGAUUCGCCAGGGCUUUGGCUCAAUCGAACACGCGAAGCGGCAACAGAACUUAUAAGUCUACGCAGGCUACAGUCCGUCUGGUACACGGAUCUCUUUCAAUCUGGGCGCGUAGCCUGGGAGGAGCCUUAUCCCUACCUUUGGGACACAUGUGAUGCCAUGAGGCAGUGGUUUGAUGGUCUGUCAACUUCGCUGACUGAGAACACUCAUUCCUUCUUCGAGCUCGAAUUGCUCUACUCGUCCAUCUACAUCCUGUCACCCUCGCCGCGGGUGCCCGUCAUCAGUUUUUACGCGCAGAAGCUGAUUUUCGAAUAUUGCAUUCGCUACGCUGACCUCAUGCUGCGUUUAGUCAAUUCGUCAAAUUACACAACCCCGCUGACAUUUUAUGAUGCCAUGCGCGUUUACAUGACGGGUCGACAGUUUUUGGACGUCUUGCAGCACAACAUGGAUGGUGUUCUCAAUGGCGUUCCACCCCCACUCCCUGAUGUCAAGCCGACCACCGCACCACCUCCACCGAUGCCAUCAGUGACUUUGCCACAAGGCGAGUCCGUUUUACGAAACAAUAUCUCGCGAAGCAUCACCUGCAUCAGACAGAUAACCGAAUGUCUUUUAUGCUUCGGGGUCCGGUGGGGUUACAUGAGCUGGAACCAGCGUUAUCGUGAAGAGACGUCGUCAAUCCUUGAGGCUCUAAACAAUCGU